AGCUCCUGCUCAUCAUCUCGCUUGGGGAGCCGUGGCUGUGAGUGACUGGGGCUCAGGAAUGGUCUGCUACGGAGCUGCUUUGUGGGGAAACUGAGAUGGUGACGGUGCGCAGGCCGUGGCCCGCCAUGACCGCGGUGCUACUGACCCUGCUGGCCUGCCUGGGGGCUCUGGCCCACGCCUACCCCGCCAAACCCGAGGCCCCGGGCGAAGACGCCUCCCCGGAGGAGCUGAGCCGCUACUACGCCUCCCUGCGCCACUACCUCAACCUGGUCACCCGGCAGCGGUAUGGGAAACGCGACCUCCCUGAAGCUGUGUUCUCCAAAAUGCUCUUCCCCGAUGACAGCGAGGAGGACCUCUCCCUUAAAUCGCGGCCCGAAAGCGUCUACCCGUGGUGAAGACCUGGAAGACGCGCUAACUUCACCGACGUCGUUUGCAUAUUUGGUUCGGAGUGGAGCCUCGCCGCCCAGUUCUCGGUGCCAGGGGCAUGCGGGCUGGAGAGCUGUGUGUGGUCAUUUCCCGAUCC